CCUGCCAUUUGCUAAGGCACCACACCCCACACACACCAAAACUAUAAAAAAAAAAAAAUCUGAAUGUGGUGCAGAUUUCCCCCUCAACAUUGCUGCCGUUGAAUUCACCACCGUGCCGGAAAAUCCAGUCACAACUCACCGUUGUUGUUGUCUCUGCACAUCUUCUUCUUCUUCAUCCAAUCAAUUUCCCAUUCUCCGAAUCCGAAGAAUCUUCCAUGCGAAGCCCUAGUAGUACCCAUUUCACGAGUGAGGAUGGGGAUCCAGAGAGAGCAUUGUCCGUCGACUCCACCGAAUCCAGGUGGGUUUUCCAGGAGGACGACGACGGCGAUCCCUCCGAGAUUGAGGAAUUCGAUCCUUCUUAUCUGCGUCACCAGUCCAUGUUCGAUUCCGAGGAUGAGGAUUACGGCGACCAGAAGCUCGUUCGGACUGGCCGCCGAGUCGAUUCCUUCGAUGUUGAAGCGCUUGAGGUUCCCGGUGUUAUCAGAAAUGACUAUGAGGAUAUAAGCGUUGGGAAGAUGAUACUUCUGGGUUUUCAAACUCUUGGUGUUGUUUUUGGUGAUGUUGGAACUAGUCCUCUAUAUACUUUCAGUGUUAUGUUUAGGAAGGCGCCUAUUAAUGGAAAUGAAGACAUUCUUGGAGCAUUGUCUCUUGUGUUGUAUACUUUAAUAUUGAUUCCCUUGGUGAAGUAUGUUCUUGUUGUUCUGUGGGCUAAUGAUGAUGGUGAAGGUGGUACGUUUGCAUUGUACUCCUUGAUUUGCCGAAAUGCUAAGGUGAGUCUUCUUCCCAAUCAGCUGCGGUCAGAUGCUCGAAUAUCAGGUUUUAGGCUGAAAGUGCCGUCCGCUGAGCUUGAAAGGUCUUUAAAAAUCAAGGAAAGACUAGAGACUUCACAGACUUUGAAGAAGAUUCUACUAUUAUUAGUUCUUGCUGGUACUUCUAUGGUGAUAGCUAAUGGGGUUGUUACACCAGCAAUGUCAGUACUAUCAUCAGUUAAUGGUUUGAAAGUUGGGGUAGAUGCAAUUCAUCAAGAUCAGGUGGUGAUGAUUUCUGCUACUUGUCUUGUCAUUUUGUUCACAGUACAAAAGUAUGGAACAAGUAAAGUGGGGCUUGCUGUUGGACCUGCUUUGUUUAUAUGGUUUUGUUUUCUUGCGGGCAUUGGCAUAUACAAUCUUGUCAAAUAUGACAGCAGCGUUUUCAGGGCAUUUAAUCCUAUUCACAUCUAUUAUUAUUUUGAAAGGAAUUCAACUAAAGCAUGGUAUUCUCUUGGGGGAUGUCUUCUGUGUGCAACUGGCUCUGAAGCCAUGUUUGCAGAUCUUUGCUACUUCCCUGUUCGAGCAGUUCAGCUUACAUUUGUAUUUCUUGUUUUGCCAUGCCUACUAUUGGGUUAUUUGGGUCAAGCUGCAUACCUUAUGGAAAACCAUGCUGAUGGUGGCCAAGCCUUUUUUUCUUCUGUUCCAAGUGGUGCAUUUUGGCCGACUUUCCUCGUUGCUAACAUUGCUGCCCUAAUUGCAAGUCGGGCCAUGACAACAGCUACAUUUUCGUGCAUAAAACAGUCAAUUGCACUUGGUUGUUUCCCUCGUCUUAAAAUAGUUCAUACCUCUCGGAAAUUUAUGGGCCAGAUCUAUAUCCCUGUCAUUAACUGGUUUCUCUUGGCUGUUUCUCUGGUGUUAAUCUGCUCUAUUUCCAGCAUUGAUGAAAUCGGAAAUGCAUAUGGCAUUGCUGAGCUGGGGGUGAUGAUGAUGACCACUAUUUUAGUAACUCUUGUUAUGCUUCUUAUAUGGCAGAUACACAUCAUCAUAGUGCUGAGUUUCUUGGUAGUCUUCUUAGGAUUGGAGUUGACUUUCUUUUCAUCGGUUUUGGGGAGCGUGGCAGAUGGAAGUUGGAUUAUAUUGGUCUUUGCUGUAAUAAUGUUUUUUAUAAUGUUUGUAUGGAAUUACGGAAGCAAGCUCAAGUAUGAAACUGAGGUCAAGCAAAAACUGUCUAAUGAUUUAAUGCGAGAAUUAGGCUGCAAUCUUGGGACAAUACGUGCUCCUGGGAUUGGUUUGCUCUAUAAUGAGUUGGUCAAAGGAAUUCCAGGAAUAUUUGGUCAUUUUCUAACCACACUUCCAGCAAUACACUCCAUGAUCAUAUUUGUGAGUAUUAAGUAUGUUCCAGUUUCUGUGGUGCCCCAGAGGGAAAGGUUCCUUUUUCGGCGAGUCUGCCAGAGAAGCUAUCAUAUGUUUCGUUGUAUUGCCAGGUAUGGCUACAAAGAUGUUCGCAAAGAAAAUCACCAGACUUUUGAGCAGAUGCUGAUGGAGAGCCUAGAGAAGUUUAUACGCCGUGAAGCUCAGGAGAGGUCACUAGAGAGUGAUGGGAAUGAUGAUACUGAGUCAGAGGAUGAGUACUCUGGUUCUAGGGUUCUUAUAGCUCCCAAUGGGAGUGUUUACUCACUCGGGGUUCCUCUUCUUGCUGAUUUUAAUGAUAUAGGCAAAUCCAUUUUCGAAGCAAGCACAUCAGAAGAAGUAAACAACACAUCUCCUAAGCCCCCAGUGCUUGACGCUGAGCAAAGUCUUGAAAGAGAGUUAUCUUUUAUACGCAUGGCCAAGGAGUCUGGAUUGGUUUAUCUUCUUGGUCAUGGGGAUAUAAGGGCAAGAAAAGACUCCUGGUUUAUCAAGAAGCUAAUGAUAAACUAUUUUUAUGCUUUUCUGAGGAAAAACUGCAGAAGGGGGAUCACAAAUUUAAGUGUACCCCAUUCACAUCUUAUGCAGGUUGGUAUGACUUACAUGGUUUGACCAUCAAUUUUGCAUUCCAAUAAAUCAAGUGCCUGGUAAGUCGGAAUAUUCACAUAUUUGAAGGUCUCCUCUUGGAUCCUCACAUUCUUUUCAGCUGGUUAUCUGUAAAUUUUUACAAGGUUACUAAUGGUUGUGGGUUGGACUGUGGAUAUAAGGAAUUGGAGUAGGCUGAGAACACAGAGAAACAGAGAUAUAUGUAGAAUUUUAUUUAAAAAAAAAACCUGUACACCGACAUUGUUGACGUGUCAAGUUUUGUACAUCGAGUAUAUUUUUAGCAUAGAUUUUUGUAAUUUACAUCAACUGUCUGCCAAUGUUAUGUCAUCUUCGAAUUUGAAUUUUAGAGAUUGAAACCUUUUUUCCCGACAGCAGAGUUUGAAACUUAAAUGAGAUUACUUUGUCUAUGGUA